AUGAGUUUGACCUCCGCGCUGAAGGGACUUUCAAGAUCUUUGUUCGUAUAUUGGCCAAUACACGCGCCUGUCAUGGGUGUUACCAGGUUUGCACAUCUCAUGCGCGAAAGCUGGGUUCAAUUCCCAGACGAAGAACUUUGGGGCUCUUCCUUACGUUUUAUAUUCUUAGGUCAACUCUGGCGUCCCAUGAGGUCACAACGCGUAGUUGGCGUUGAGUCUAGGUGCGAUAGGGCGCGUGCACUGGAGAACUGA